CGGGGCUCGGGUCCAUGCCGAGGGGUCUCCCUGACCCGAGCUGAGCCGAGCUGAGCUGAGGGGCGGCCCCGGAGGGACAUCUCGGUCCCGUCCGGCGCUGCGGGACGGAGCCGCGCUCUCGGCGAGUUGCAGAAGGAAUGUGAAGUCUGCUAGAGGGACAGAAGGUCGGUAGGGAAGGAGCUGGAAGGGAGUUCAGAGAUCACUUUGAGACAACCCAGAAUUAAUUUCUGCAUCUGGCUACAGGCUGUCUCGGGAGAGCAGGCUCUGGCUGGAGAGAGAAUGCUCAGGACGUCCAGCUGCAUCCUAAAGCUGACCAGGGUGGUGCUGAGCCACAAGCCCUGUGCCCUUUUUACCCUCAUCUUUGUGUUUGUAGCCCUUGCCUACCACAAGCUGUACUGGGGCAUUGGGGAGGACCCAAAGAGCAGCGUCCCCACCUCUGGCUUGUCUGCUGAGAUGAGCUGUGCUCACUAUGUGCCUUCUGCCCUCAACAUGGCUGGUGGGCCCUCUCCUUCCACAGGAAAUGUGUUUUUUGUGGAGACCUCGGAGCAAACUGCCCCAAGUUACCUGUUCUCGUGCUCUGUGGAGUCAGCAGCCAGGACACACCCUGCAUCAAGAGUCGUGGUGCUCAUGAAAGGCUUGGCCAAAGAGAAUGUCCGCUUGCCCAAGCACUGGGCUUUCUCCUUGCUCAGCUGCUUCCCCAACGUGGAAAUCCUGCCUCUGGACCUCAAAGAACUCUUUUCUGGAACACCUCUGAAAAGAUGGUACUUAUGGCCUCUACGGCAGUGGGAGCCUCAUUUUCUACCCAACCUCUCUGACGCCUGCAGAAUUGUCCUCAUGUGGAAAUUUGGUGGCAUCUACCUGGAUACAGACUUCAUUGUGCUUAAGAACUUACAGAACCUCACCAAUGCCCUUGGCAUUCAGGAUGACCAUGAACUGAAUGGAGCCUUUCUGUCCUUUGAGGCCAAGCACAAAUUCAUGGAGCUUUGCAUGCAGGACUUUGUGCAGAAUUACAAUGGCUGGGUCUGGGGGCACCAAGGCCCAGAGCUCCUAACUCGUGUCUUCAAGAAGUGGUGCUCCCUCGGGACUAUCAAGAGCAUGAGCUGCAAAGGUGUGAGUGCUCUUGCCCAAGAAGUUGUUUAUCCUAUUCCCUGGCAGGACUGGGAGCAGUUGUUUGAGGCAGUCAGUGCCUUGGAGCUUCAGAAACUCCUUAAGAACACCUAUGCAGUGCACAUAUGGAACAAACUGAGCCACGGGACCAAGUUAGAGAUCCCCUCCCAGGCUCUGCUGGCUCAGCUCUAUUCCCAGUUCUGCCCUGCCACCUACGCAAAGAUGAAGCAGGACUCUGAAGAGUUGUCAAGGCGUGCAGUGUGACCUGGGGGCCCUUGGCUGCAGGGACAUUUCCCCAGUCCUGUGGGAAACCGAGUGCCUUUGACCUUCCCCAGAGUGGCUUUCUACGCCCCAGAGCAGCUGUGUGACUGCUCUGUGGUUCUGUACCUGACAUUGCUGAUAUCUGCCUCUGAUCCCCUGUGUUUCAAAUUUACAGCAGAACCUGACUGCAGCCUCUCUUGCUGUCCUAUACAAGACCUGUUGCUGCAGGGAAGGUUGUACUCCCUCAGCAGCAUCUCUUAGCUGGUCCAUUCUUGGUGUUCCCCAGUGGCUCCUCCUGUGAAUCCCAGCCUGAGCAGCCCCUGGUGAUGUUUCCACAGCUGUCGGGAUCAUUGGCUUGCUCUCUGUAGCAUUUCUGACUUUGUGAAUCACUGCCAGUCAGUGACAGAGGUCACAGACUGCUGGGGCUCAGAUCAGAAUUCCCUGGUUGGCAAAGAUCCUUAACAUGUGGGAAAAUAGAUGAAGUGCCUAUGAAAUUUGCUUUAAGAAGCAGAUAACUGUUUCGAUCCGUGUGUGGCUCACUGUGAAGUUGUUCUAAACUUCUGUAGUGAGAGAAGUUCAAAUUAUGCUUCCUACAGUUUCUAAAUCCACAGCAGUGGCAUGACUUGUCUGGGACUCCUCAGGAAACAAAAGAGACAAAAGCUGUUCUUCAAGGAGCAGAAAUUAUGAACGUCCUUACUCUGCUGAAGUAGCUCUUGUGGAUACCAACAUCUAAGCAGCCAUUGUCACACUCUGAAGGGGCUCAGCACUUCUUGUUUCUGCAGUGCUGUGAGGAGGAUUACAUCCCUUUCAUUGGAAUACUGAGCCCCAUGUGGAAGUCUAGAGGAUGACAUUUCUCCAUCAACAGAGGGACCAAGUGCUGACCUUCGAGCAUCGCCUCCAGGGACAAAAACAAAAACUGUGAAGCACAUGACGGUUGGAUAAACCUCCAAGAUCAGGGAGUGCAACCUUCAAUUCACUAUCACCAUACCCACAAACCUGUACCCCAAAGUGCCAUGUGUUCUCAUUUUUUGGAGCACUUCCAGGGAUGCUAACUCCUCCACUUCCCUGGGGAGCCUGUGGCACCCGGUGCUUAAGCUUUCUGGAUUUUUUCCUCAUGGCCAAGCUGAACCUACUGUGGUGCACAGAGUGCUGCAGCCAGCUCUGGGAUCCCAGCACAGGAAGGACAGGGUGCUGUUGGAGCCAGUGCACAGCAGAGACACCGAGGAGAUCAGAGGGAUGGAGCAGCUCUGCUGGGAGGAAAGGCUGAGGGAAGAGGGAAUGUUCUGCCUGGAGCAGAGAAGGCUUUGGGGUGACCUAAUCAUGGCCCUCCACUGCCUGAAGGGAGCUUAAAGGAAAGAUGCAGACUGACUCCUUGCAAAGGCCUGCAGUGACAGGACAAGGGAGAAUGGCUUCACAGUGACAGAGAGCAGGUUUAGGUUGGAUAUAAGGGAGACAUUCUUCCCUCUGAGGGUGCUGAGGCUGUGGCACAGGGUGGCCACAGCAACUGUGGCUGCCCCUGCAUCCCUGGAAGUGUCCAAGACCAGAUUGAAUGGGGCUCCUAGCAACCUGGGAUAGUGGGAACUGUCCCUCUCCUUGGCAGAAGGAGUAAAACAAGAUGAUCUUUAGUGUCCCUUCCAUUCCAGACCAUUCUAUUCAUUUCCCCUCAUCCUGUCCCUUGUUCCCUGGGAGCAGAGCCUGGCCCCCAGCUGGCUGCACCCUCCUGUCAGGGAGGUGUGAAGAGCAAUACAGCUCCCCUGAGCCUCCUCUUCCUCCAGGUUAAACACCCCCAGCUCCCUCAGCCGCUCCUCAUCAGACUUGUGCUCCAGCCCCUUGCCCAGCUCCGUUCCCCCCUCUGGACACGCUCCGGCCCCUCAGUGUCCAUCCUGCAGUGCCAGGCCCAGCACUGGACACAGCCCUUGGGGUGAGGCCUCCCCAGUGCCCACAUGUGG